AGGAGUCUUGAAGCCAGAGAAGGAUGGGGAGGUGGACUGGCACUCAUCCCUGACAUUUACAGUCCAGGUCUUGCCCUGUCACCCAUUCCAGCUCAUGGGCUUCAAACAGUGGAUGAGUCCUUUUCUGUUCAUGGUUAGAUGAAGAAGGGCGAGUGCACAUCGUGAUGGAGACUCCUCUCGAGAAGGCCCUGACCACCAUGGUCACCACGUUCCAUAAAUAUUCAGGGAGAGAGGGGAGCAAGCUGACCCUGAGCAGGAAAGAACUGAAGGAGUUGAUCAAGACAGAACUGAGUCUUGCAGAGAAGAUGAAGGAGAGCAGCAUUGAUAACCUGAUGAAGAGCCUGGACAAGAACAGCGACCAGGAGAUCGACUUCAAGGAGUACUCCGUGUUCCUGACCACACUGUGCAUGGCCUACAAUGACUUCUUCCUAGAGGACAACAAGUGACCAGGGUCCUCUCUCACCUCACCGGGAGCUCCUUGUCCUGUCCUCUGACGCCUCUUUAACGGCCCCUCUUAUGCCCCUGGUCUUUCUCUUUCUCACAGAUGGGCUCUUCCAGUAGAGAAAUAAAGUCUUUUCCUUUCCAUG